UCAUUGGUUGGAGUAAAAACACGCCGCGACACGGAAGUCCGUUUCAAGUCUAACAAAUACACGGAAGUCAGUUUCAAGUCGAAGAAAGCUUGACUAAAACAUCGAAAGCAGACUUAAGGAAUAACGUCCUGAGAGCGGAGACGUCACCACGUCACAUCCGGUGAGCUGUCAGCGGCACGUGACAGAUGGUGUUGAGUGAGCGCUGCCUGCACUACAGGUAGGGGGCGGCAGCACCCAGCAAAGUAGGCGUCAUGCCCGUGGAGGGUGGAAGCAGCUCCGCCUCAGCUGCUCGCCACCCCAAGCAAAAGCGCAAGGCUCACAGUCUGUCCAUUCGACGCACCAACAGCACGGAGGAGAGACCGGCUGGCAGCCAGAGAGGAGACAUGCUGGAGACGCAGGACUCCAAGCUGCCGCACUCCCUGCGUAACAAUCUUCUAGAUCUUUUUGGUCAGAUUGAACGGGAGUUUGAGAAUCUCUACAUUGAAAACAUUGAACUACGGCGGGAAAUCGAGUCUCUGAAUGAACGCCUGACUGGCGACGGGCAGAAUCUUGAAGGAGGAGACUCCUCCAAGGGGGUCCUGAAAACCAAAGCCAGCCACAGCACCAGCCAGCUGUCCCAGAAGCUGAAGACCACCUACAAAGCCUCCACCAGCAAGAUUGUGUCCAGCUUCAAGGCCACCACAGGGUCCAGGGCGGUGUGCCAGCUGCAGAAGGAGUAUGUCGGCCAUCGUGAUGGCAUCUGGGACCUCAGUGUGACCAGGACUCAGCCAGUCGUUCUGGGGACCGCAUCAGCAGAUCAUUCGGCCCUGCUGUGGAGUAUCGAGACUGGAAAGUGUCUGCUGAAGUAUGCUGGCCAUGCAGGAUCAGUCAACUCCAUCAAGUUCCAUCCCACGGAGCAGAUGGCCCUGACAGCCUCUGGGGACCAGACGGCUCACAUCUGGCGCUACAUGGUGCAGCUCCCGGCCCCCCCGCCUCCAGCAGAUGUCAGUGCCCCGUGUGAGGAAGACCAGGAUUCCUCCGACAGAGAAGAGGGCGACGUGGACGGCGAGGGCCCGUGCGAGGUCCCCACCAUCCGGGUUGCUACGGCAACACUGAAAAGCCACCAGGGUGUGGUCAUCGCCGCUGAUUGGCUGGUGGGCGGCAGACAGGUGGUGAGCGCCUCUUGGGAUCGUGCUGCCAACCUGUAUGAGGUGGAGACGUCUGAGCUGGUGCACACGCUCACUGGCCACGACCAGGAACUUACCCACUGCUGCACACACCCCACCCAGCGACUGGUUGUUACCUCCUCCAGGGACACCACCUUCAGACUGUGGGACUUCAGAGAUCCAUCAAUCCACUCUGUCAAUGUCUUCCAGGGACACACCGACACGGUGACGUCAGCAGUUUUCACAGUGGGUGACAAUGUGGUUUCUGGGAGUGAUGAUCGCACAGUCAAGGUGUGGGAUCUGAAGAACAUGAGGUCACCCAUAGCAACCAUUCGCACAGACUCUGCUGUCAACAGGAUCAGUGUGUCCACCAACCAAAGGAUCAUCGCACUGCCACAUGACAAUCGACAAGUGCGACUCUUUGACAUGAGUGGAGCCAGACUGGCACGCCUGCCUCGCAGUAACAGGAUGGGCCACAGGCGCAUGGUGUGUUGCACCGCCUGGAACGAGGAGAACCAAAGCUGCAACCUGUUCACCUGUGGCUUCGACCGCCAAGCCAUCGGCUGGAACAUCAACAUCACGGCUCUGCUGCAGGAGAAGUGAAGAAGAAGAUUCUAGAUGUUGACCAGUGGUCUUCAAGGUGUGACGCAGACGUCUACUGUACAUGCUAUCAUUGUCUUCUUCUGCACAUCCACUGGCUACUUCCUGUCCUAGUCAAGUGCCAGUUACUGGCUACUUCCUGUCAUAUUCAAGUGCCAGUUACUGGCUACUUCCUGUCAUAUUCAAGUGCCAGUUACUGGCUACUUCCUGUCAUAUUCAAGUGCCAGUCACUGGCUACUUCCUGUCAUAUUCAAGUGCCAGUUACUGGCUACUUCCUGUUGUUGUCAGGUGCCAGUUACUGGCUACUUCCUGUCCUAUUCAAGUGCCAGUUACUGGCUACUUCCUGUUGUUGUCAGGUGCCAGUUACUGGCUACUUCCUGUCCUAUUCAAGUGCCAGUUACUGGCUACUUCCUGUCCUAGUCAAGUGCCAGGUACUGGCUACUUCCUGUCAUAUUCAAGUGCCAGUUACUGGCUAUUUUCUGUUGUAGUCAAGUGCCAGUUACUGGCUACUUCCUGUCAUAUUCAAAUGCCAGUCACUGGCUACUUCCUGUUGUCGUCAAGUGCCAGUUACCGGCUACUUCCUGUCAUAUUCAAGUGGCAGUCACUGGCUACAUCCUGUUGUCGUCAAGUGCCAGUUACUGGCUAUUUUCUGUUGUAGUCAAGUGCCAGGUACUGGCUACUUCCUGUCCUAUGUAAGUGCCAGUUGCCGGUUACUUCCUGUCCUAUGUAAGUGCCAGUCACUGGCUACUUCCUGUCCUAUGUAAGUGCCAGUCACUGGCUACUUCCUGUCCUAUGUAAGUUCCAGUCACUGGCUACUUCCUGUCCUAUGUAAGUGCCAGUCACUGGCUACUUCCUGUCCUAUGUAAGUGCCAGUCGCUGGCUACUUCCUGUCCUAUGUAAGUGCCAGUCACUGGCUACUUCCUGUCCUAUGUAAGUGCCAGUUACUGGCUACUUCCUGUCCUAUGUAAGUGCCAGUUGCCGGUUACUUCCUGUCCUAUGUAAGUGCCAGUCACUGGCUACUUCCUGUCCUAUGUAAGUGCCAGUCACUGGCUACUUCCUGUCCUAUGUAAGUGCCAGUUACUGGCUACUUCCUGUCCUAUGUAAGUGCCAGUUACUGGCUACUUCCUGUCCUAUGUAAGUGCCAGUUACUGGCUACUUCCUGUCCUAUGUAAGUGCCAGUUACUGGCUACUUCCUGUCCUAUGUAAGUGCCAGUUCCUGGCUUUUAGUGUCUUACAGCUCCUUCUUCUCUGGGAAGGAAAAGAUUCUCCUUGUUUGCAUGCUGAAGCCAACAGUUGACUUGUAAGUUAUGUUCUUCCAUGUUGUUUUCAGAAGGUAUUUUUUGGUAUUUUAUUGUACGAGGAGCAAAAACGGUCAUUUUAAUGUGAAGGAGCUGUGGUGGCCACCAUUCUAUGUCUGCUUCUUAUCUUACUCACCCAAAUCUUUUGCUGUAUUCUCAUUUUGCUGCAGUCUUUCUCACACAACUGCAAUCUAUUUGUGCCAGUGGUUGGUGAGAGGGCGACAUAGCCUACCUGUCUCAUUUACAUAAUUGGUCGUGACGCAUGUGCAUGCAGUUUUAAUAGAUAGUGUAGCAGAGACAAAAAGUCAGCAAAGACAUGUCCGCAAAGAGCUUUUUAAAACACAGACUUAUCGAGAGGGGUCUGAACACUCGCUAAGUUGGCAACACUCUGCUCCGUCUUCUUAUUCUCUGGCGGAGCAGAGUUAAGAUGCCAUCUUCUGCACAACAAGCUGCACUCACAGACUAUUGGUGUGUCACGUGCAUACUUUUUAGCAGCCUGACUUGACAAAGACAGUCCAGGUAUGUAAAUGUUUUCAGUGACAACAUAGGAGGUGGAUUACACAUUCUGGUAAAAAAGGAAUAUUACACAUUCCUGGUAAAAAAGGAAUAUUACACAUUCUGGUAAAAAAGGAAUAUUACACAUUCCUGGUAAAAAAGGAAUAUUACACAUUCUGGUAAAAAAGGAAUAUUACACAUUCUGGUAAAAAAGGAAUAUUACUCAUUCCUGGUAAAAAAGGAAUAUUACACAUUCCUGUUAAAAAAGCAAUAGUGUGCAGAUAAGACUUUUCUGUCUGUGAAGUCAAUUCCGCACACACCACUAUCAAUGUCAAUUUCAUCUAGCGGGGAAAAGAGCGGUCCAGUUUUCUGUCCACAGCUGAAUGCUGACUGCUAAGAAAUAAGCCGGCGUGCAGGUGACAUUCACCACCUCCUCCUUUGCAUCAUUUAUUGUCAGGGGAUGAGCUCCCAGACGCCUUCCAAUAAAAAUGUGUGAUUUCUUUUU